UAACCAUACAUAACCUUAUACAUAUUUUUUUUUUGAAAGAUUCAUCAUGGUUUCGACUUUGUGUUAUAUAAUUUUACCGGUAGUUUUUAUAAUCGGUCUUCUUCGAAAAUGCCGAGAAUAUUCUUGGGGAAAAUGCAGGAAUGUCAAAAACCUAAAUGGUCGAAUUUUUAUUGUAACCGGAGCCAAUUCGGGAAUCGGUAAAGAAACAGCGAAAGAAUUGGCAAAGCGAAAAGCGACAGUGAUUAUGGCUUGCAGAAAUGUACAAAAUGUUAGGAAAGCUAUUGCUGAAAUACGGACGGAAGUUACUUCAGGAGAACUGAUCCCAAUGGAAUUAGAUCUUGCUUCUUUGAAGUCAAUACGUGAAUUUGCUACACAAGUUCUUCACGAAUUUUCGGAAAUCCACGUUCUAAUCAAUAAUGCUGGAGUGUACGUGCCUCUGAAGGAACAGGCCUUUACAGAAAAUGGCUUUGAAGUUCAUUUUGGUGUCAAUCACCUAGGCCACUUUUUAUUAACAUAUUUACUCUUGGAAAGACUUAAAGCUAGUGCUCCUAGUAGAGUCGUUAUCGUGACUUCUAAACUAUUAGAAUCUGGUACUAUUGACUUUUCUAAUUUAAAUGGAGAAAAGGGAUUAGCAACUGAAGGUCGCAUGAACCCAAGCUAUUGUAAUUCAAAGUUAGCAAACGCAUACUUUGGAUUUGAACUUGCGAAAAGAAUGAAAGGCACCGGAGUUUGCGUGUAUAUGGUUUGUCCGGGUUUCACUUACACAGGAUUAUUUAGACACGUUAAACGGAGCUGGCUUCACUACAUAAUUUUUUCGCCAAUUGCUUUACUAUACCUGCGUACCGCCAACCAAGGAGCUCAAACAGUUGUGCACUGUGCAACGAAUUUCUCUGCGAGUAUUGAAAAUGGAAAAAUAUAUCGAGAUUGUAAAUUGUACGAACCAAAGAUGAAGUUGGACCCAGAGGUAGCGGUUAAACUUUGGGAUGUCAGUGCAAAGCUUACGGAAAUUUCUGAUUUUGAUACUGCCGGACUGGCAAGUUGAAUCGCAAGAAUUAGAUGUCGUCACCCGUUAAUACAUCACUUCAUUUUAAUAUAUCGAGAUAUAGUCACUUAAGCAGAGUAAUUUUUUACAAAUAAAAAACUAGAGACUGUCUAUUAGCUUUUACUAGAAAAAAAACUAUACUUGUAGAUAAAUACCAAAAAUUCGUGAAUUGUAUUCGAAUAAUGAUAAUGUACUAUAGCGAUUAAAACUAGGUACUAUAUAGAUUUAGUAAGGAGUAGGGGUCGUCCGGGCUUAUGUGGCUGAAUAAAAAUAGAAAAAAAAAAUCAAUUGAAAAUUCUUUUUCCAAAAAUCAGUUGAAGUUUAGUUUUUGAGGUAUAAAAUAUUUAAGCUGGACCAAUCAGAAGUGUGGUAUAAACAGUCGUGCGUGUGAGCGGGAACCCAACGCAGUGACUGUUUAUUCCGCGCUGCCGAUUGGUCCAGCUUAAAUAUUUUAUACCUCAAAAACUAAACUUCGACUGAUUAUUUUUAUUUUUAUCCAGCUGUAUAAUUCCGGACACUUGAGUCUAGGAUACCCUGUAUAUUCAGAUUUGAGCUCCAUUCGUAUCAAUCAGGCUAUUAAAGCUGGUCGAAAUUUAACCCGCAAAGACCACCGUCCAUCUACGCAUAUGUAUAUACCACACAUGUGUGAAUUGGGAUUUCGUAUUUUUAAAUGUUAAUAAUUCGUGCACAAAUAAACAAUUAUAACUCA